CGGGAGAAGAGGUCCGGGGCCCAGGGGAGAGAGUCGGCGGCUCAGAUAAGGCCACCAUCGUCUCUCACUGGCAGUUUAGUCUCGCCCUCUGGACUCCAGGACCCUGAUUUAUGGCACUGGAAGCCGGAAAAACCGUUUGGAAACGAAGCGUUUGCAUUAGCCUGGCUCUAGUUCAAGGAGGGAGGAUAGCCACCGGGGAGGGUCUCCAGAUAAAUCUCAAUACUAGCUUUUAAAAAAUAUGUUAGCUUGGAGGUUAUAAGUUCCUGGGAAAGCCAUUUCGACGUUAAUGAGUUUUGAUUUUUGCCACCUGUUAUCCUCCCUGGCCUGCUUAUUAGAAUGCAGGUGUCAGCAAUUUACAUUCGUUCAUUGCUGGUUCCCCAGUACCUGGACUGGUGUUAGAACAGAAUUAGACAUUUGUUAAAUUUUUGUUGCAUUGUCCCCGAUUGUUUGCUGCCCACAUUGUUCCAUGCACUGUAUUAGGCUCUGAAGAUAGAAAAGGAUUUAAGAAUCUGACCCUACUUUGGAGAAGCUCACAUUAGUUUGUUUGGCUUGAACACCCACACACUCCUCAUGUCCCUGAUUUAUUAAUCUCGGAGCACCCAGGAUUAGGUCCUCGAAGCCUUUCUGUUCUCUUUUAUCCAGCGGCGUGAUUUUGUAAGGUGCAUGUGGAAACUGCAAUGUCCAGACCAGUCGUCUCUCCAACCCACAUCAACGCUACAGCUUCUGAAACAUUCACCGUACUUCAGCAAAAGAUGAGAAUAGUUGAAGAACAGACCAGUUCUCUGAGGGAUGACCUAAUAAUGUUAGACUUUGGUGAUGAAAGAAGCCAGUUUGAAACUCCAAAGUGUUUAGAAGAACCUGCAAACCAGAACAUCAUUAGCCCUAUCCAAAGAGAAAUAAUUUGUUCGGGAAAAUCAGAUAUUUUGUGGAAGAACUGUGAGUUUCUGGUAAAUCGAAUGUGCCAUCUAGAAAGCCUCAUUCAGUCCUUGAAGAUGAACAUCUUCCGUCUGCAAACUGAAAAGGAUUUGAAUCCACAGAAAACAGCUUUUCUGAAGGAUCGACUGAAUACAAUACAGGACGAGCAUUCCAAGGACCUGAAGCUGUUGCAUCUGGAAGUGAUGAAUUUGCGCCAGCAACUAAGAGAUGUGAAAGAGGGAGAAGACAAGGCACAAGAUGAAGUUCAAAGGUUGACUGCCACCUUGGAGAUCGCUUCAGAGACAAAGAAGAAUGUAGCCAUUGUUGAAGAGGAACUGAAGACCACAAAACGAAAAAUGAACCUUAAAAUUGAGGAGCUAAGGAGACAGUUGUCUCAAGAGCAGUAUCUAAGGGAAUCUCUUGAGAAAUCUGGAUCAACCAUGCUACUCAGAAUACAAGAAAUGGGAUCAACGGUGGAAGUAGAACGGAAGCAGGUGCAAAGUUUGCAGCAAAACUGCAUUGCCCUACGCAGUACCAUACAGAACACUCAAGAACUGCUGGCACAGGAGCAACAAAAAAAAGAAGAGUUGGAGACUGCUAUCUCACAGCUCAAAUCUGAUCUAAUUACUAGAGAUGACCUCAUUUCCAAGUUGGUUGAAGAAAAUAAGAACAUACAGAUGUCUUUCAAUAAGGAGCAUGAAGAAAAUGCAUAUUUGAGGUCUGAAAUAAUAUCCCUUCGUGAAGUGUCAGAAAAAGCACAGGUGGAGCAGAAAAUGAUGACACAGAGAUUUCAAGAAGAAAACUUACUGCUGGAUGCAGCCCAUGCCAGUAUCACAAGUGAGCUACAGACUGUUCAGAAUGAGAAAACUCAACUCCAAGCACAUCUAGACCAUUUAAUCCUUAAGAAUAACCAGUUUAUCCAGAAAGCACAGGAUGCAGAGAAGAGGACAGCAGUGCAAAAAGAGCUGCUACAAUCAACUAUUGCAAGAUUGAAAGGUGAAUUAGAAGCAUCAAUACAAGAGAAGAUGUCUCUGCUAGAAGAGAAAGAAAGACUUCAGAGACAGGUUAAUAAAACAGAGAAAGAAAUAACACAUGAAAAAUGCAAUUUGGAAAAGGAAUUAGCUAAAAACAAGGAAGACAUAAAUGCAUUAACCCAGAGCCUACAGACUCUAGAAGAAAAGAAUAAGCACCUAGCAGAUCAAAUUACUUCUCUGGAACUUCAGCAAGAAACUUCUGAUUACCAUGGGCUUGCCCAACAGCAAGUGGAAACUGUCUUGGGAAAAAUUACUGAAAGUAAAAAUAAACUCGCCUAUGAAAAAGGAAAACUCCAGAUAAAAGUUAAACAGCUAGAAGAACAGCUACAUUAUUUUACUGAAACGUGUUCACAGAAUGACCACCUACACAAGUUGAAUAAGGCUCUAGAGGGCAAAUAUACUCAGGAUCUUGGAGACUCUAGAAUCUCUCUGAAGACUCUCUUGAAUGCUAUUAAAACUAUGGAGGGAAGACUGGAAGGUAAAAUAGACAUUCUUGCCUCAAGACCAUUAAUAAAUGAUGAGUCACCAAAUUUUCCUAAACGGGAUUCGGUAAAAUCCAUUCUUGAAAAGAAUGAAGAGGAGCUCUCACGAGCAGUGAAGUGUCGUGAUGCAGCACUGAAAGAAAGUCAGAAAUUGAAAGGGGACCUCGAGGCUUUGGAGGACAGGGAAAACAAGAAGGUGGGAAACUUUCAGCGACAAUUGGCAGAAGCCAAAGAAGACAACUGCAAAGUUACAAUCAUGUUGGAGAAUGUGCUGGCUUCUCACAGUAAGAUGCAAGGUGCUCUGGAAAAAGUACAAAUAGAGCUUGGGCGGAGGGAUUCAGAGAUUGCAGGCCUCAAGAAAGAAAGGGCUCUAAAUCAACAGAGGGUACAGAAGCUGGAAGCAGAAGUGGACCAGUGGCAGGCCAGAGUGCUUGUCGUGGAUGCCCAGCACAACAGUGAGAUGGAGCCUCUACAAAAAGCUUUAGAUGUAGCUAGAGAAGACAACAGGAAACUGGCUAUGAGCCUGGAGCAAGCUCUCCAGACAAAUAAUCAUCUGCAAACAAAGCUUGACCAUGUCCAAGAGAAACUGGAAAACAAAGAACUUGAGCGACAGAAUUUGGAAACGUUCAAAGAACGGAUGACUGAGGAAUCCAAAAUGGAAGCAGAAUUGCAUGCUGAACGCAUAGAAGCUCUAAGAAAGCAGUUUCAAACUGAGAGAGAUGCUGCAAAGAAAGCGACACAACGGGAAGUGGCAGAGCUGAAGAAAGCCCUUGAUGAAGCCAACUUCAGAUCAGUGGAAGUAUCACGGACCAACCGAGAGCUGCGGCAGAAACUGACAGAGUUGGAAAAGCUACUGAACAGUAGCAAGGAGAAAAUAAAGACUCAAAAAGCCCAAAUUAGGCUUCACAUGUCAGCUAAGGCGAAUAACACUCAGAAUAUUGAGAGGAUGAAGCAAAUAGAAACAGAAUUGAGGCAAAUGGAGCUAAUUAAGGAUCAAUAUCAGAAAAAAAAUUAUGAACAGUCAUUGAGUAUCCAGAAAUUUGUAUCUGAAAUGACUAACCUACAGAAAGAGAUGCAGCUGUUGGCCAAGAGCCAAUAUGAUACCUCAGCACGGAACAAACAGCAAGAGCUACGACUAGAGGCAGAGCGGAAAAUAAGGCAAGAACUAGAGAAUCGGUGCCAGGAAUUGGAGGAAACUGUCAGACACCUGAAGAAGUGUAAAGAAGCAACAGAGAAUAAACUGAAAGAAGCCAGUGUAGAAUCAGAACAGAUAACAGCUAACCUGGAAGAAGCUCACCGCUGGUUUAAGUGCAGAUUCGAUGGCCUGCAACUUGAGCUGACAAAAAACCGGUUGCAGAGGCUUCCCCGGGAAAACACGUGGAGGGAAGAGGACGAAGAAGAUAAAAGGCACGACGUCAUGCCUAACCAGUCUGUUCUACAUCGGUGGGAGAGUAAACAGAAUAUUAGACUUGCACCCAAGAAGUAUCAUGCUGACCUAGAGAGAAAGUGAUGUCCUGACAGAGGAGCUUCUUCGUUUACAGUUACACGGUCAUGAUUCCCUGAGCCCAGCAGCUAGGGCUGGCCUGUUUCACAGUCACCAGAACAUGAAGUCUUUCAUGUGGGCUGAAUAUUUUGGACCUGAGUUUAUCCUUAUAUGAACUCUGAUAUCAAUACAGAACCACCCCAUCUUUGUCCCUUUCCCCAUUUUCCACCCAAUAAAUUUAUAUUAAUUUGUUGUAUGAUAGGA